CUAUCGUAUAUGGCGACGUAAAUUGCUGGUGAAGGAGAAACAGCGUAGGACGGUAGGAGAAGAGAAAUAGAAGCAGAGAAGCCGCUGACGGAGAGAAGAGGAAAUCAUGAAUUUAGGUUUGGCUUAGAUUGAAAUUUUGUAUCAAAUUUGGGGAUGAAAAUCUAAAUAUGAGAGAUUGGAGCUGGACUUAGAAUCUGGCAAUUUCGACUCACAGCCUUCUAGGGCUUGCUCGAAGGUUACUUGCUCAGAAGUUGGUGGGCAGAGCAAUAAAAUUCUCUCUCAUUUAGAAACAUUAACUGCGUGAUUUUAACAAUGGAGGAAGACGAGGACAAAGUUUUGCUCAGUUCUUUGGGUGUAACAUCUGCAAAUCCUGAAGACAUCGAGCGUGACGUUUUAGCAGAGGUGACAAACGAUGCAGAGAAUAAUGGAGAAGCUAGAGGGAGCACUGAGGAGGAACUUCCUGAAAUAUCAAAAAACAUUGAUCCAGCAUCUACCAGCCAGGCAAAACUCUAUAAUAGAUUGAGGGCUGUAGAGUACGAAAUAGAUGCUGUUGCAUCCACCUUUAAACAAGUAAAAAAUGUUGCUGGAAGUGAAGAUCACGCUUAUGAUGAUGUUGAUGGAGUAGAAGGUGGGGAUAGAAAGGAUGAUGAAAGUGGUGUUCAGGUGUCACCCAGUGGUUUCACCCUUCAGCAAGCCCUAGCUGCUGAUCGGCUGAAAAGUCUUAAGAGAACUAAGGCUCAACUUGAGCAAGAAUUUUCAGAUAUGUGCAAGGAUGAUAUGACCAAGGGUGUGAACUAUGAAAAAAUGUUAGCAAAUCUGGUUAAGGAAGAAUCAAGACCAAAGAGAAAGAUGAAGGAAAUUCAGAAACCAGGUAAAAAGAAGGGAAAGAGUGAGAAAGUGGUUUCAUUCAGUGAUGAUACUGAUUUUGAUGCAAUGUUGGAUGCAGCGUCUGGGGGAUUUGUUGAAACAGAAAGGGAUGAAUUGGUCAGGAAAGGAAUUUUAACUCCUUUUCAUAAGCUUAAGGGCUUUGAACGGCGUCUUCAGCAUCCGGGGCCAUCAAGUAGGUACAGUGUAUCUGAGGAAGAGGAUAAAAGUGAUGAGCUUGCUUCUGACAGUAUUGCUAGAGCUGCAAAGUCAAUUUCAGAGGCUGUAAAAGCUCGCCCAGUGACAAAACUGCUUGAUUCAGAUGAUCUGCCAAAGCUUGAUGGACCCACUCGCCCUUUUCAGAGGCUGAAAAAACCUUUGCAAAUUAAUCAGUCCCCAGAAAGUGAUGCAGAGAAAAGGAAAAGCUUCAAAAAGAAAAGGAAACGGCCUUUGCCUGGCCAGAAAUGGAGAAGACGUCUUUCACGUGAAGAAAUCCACCUGGAAGAAAGCAAUGCAAGGGGUAGCUCAGUUACAUCCAGUUAUGAAGAAGAAAGGCUAGAGGAUAGCGAAGAUGUAGAAGAUGAUGAUUCUCCUUUUGUAACUCUUGAAGGAGGGCUAAAAAUCCCAGAAGCUAUUUUUAGCAAACUUUUUGAAUACCAGAAAGUGGGAGUGCAGUGGCUAUGGGAACUGCAUUGCCAAAGAGCUGGUGGUAUUAUUGGGGAUGAGAUGGGUCUUGGUAAGACCAUACAGGUCUUAUCUUUUCUAGGAGCAUUGCAUUUCAGUAAUAUGUACAAACCAAGCAUCGUUGUUUGCCCUGUCACACUUUUGCGACAGUGGAAAAGGGAAGCUCAGAAGUGGUACCCAUGCUUUCAUGUUGAGUUACUUCAUGAUUCAGCAGAAGAUCUUCAUCAUAGAAAGAAGCAGGCUGAUUCUCACAACAGUGAUGAUGAAAGUGAAGGUUCUCUAGACAGCAAUUAUGAGGGAAAGUUAUCAUCUAAGGCCAAUAAAUGGGAUUCCUUGAUAAAUCGAGUUUUGAAAUCAGAAUCUGGUUUGCUUAUUACUACUUAUGAGCAACUCAGGUUGCUAGGAGAAAAAUUGCUUGACAUUGAGUGGGGUUAUGCUGUUCUGGAUGAAGGACAUCGAAUUCGUAAUCCAAAUGCUGAAAUUACUCUGGUUUGCAAACAGCUUCAGACAGUUCAUCGUAUAAUAAUGACAGGGGCACCAAUUCAGAACAAGUUGAGUGAAUUGUGGUCUUUGUUUGAUUUUGUUUUCCCUGGAAAGCUGGGGGUACUGCCUGUGUUUGAGGCUGAAUUUGCUGUUCCCAUUUCUGUUGGUGGCUAUGCCAAUGCCUCACCAUUGCAAGUAUCUACAGCCUACAGAUGUGCUGUAGUGCUACGUGACUUGAUUAUGCCUUAUCUUCUUCGCCGUAUGAAGGUGGACGUGAAUGCGCAGCUUCCCAAAAAAACUGAACAUGUCCUCUUUUGUAGCCUUACAGAAGAUCAACGUUCUGCAUAUAGAGCAUUUCUUGCAAGCACUGAGGUGGAACAAAUACUUGAUGGAAAUAGGAAUUCCCUAUAUGGAAUUGAUGUGAUGCGCAAGAUAUGUAACCACCCUGAUCUGCUUGAAAGAGAACAUGCCUGCCAGAAUCCAGAUUAUGGAAAUCCUGAACGCAGUGGAAAGAUGAAAGUUGUUGCCCAAGUGCUUAAGGUUUGGCAGGAGCAGGGACAUCGUGUUCUUCUUUUUGCUCAAACUCAACAAAUGCUUGAUAUUCUUGAAAAUUUCUUAAUCUCUGGUGGUUAUAACUACCGAAGAAUGGAUGGUAUGACUCCUGUAAAGCAGAGAAUGGCCUUAAUAGAUGAAUUCAACAACUGCGAUGAUGUGUUCAUUUUUAUCUUAACUACAAAGGUUGGCGGAUUAGGGACUAAUUUAACUGGUGCGAACAGAGUGAUUAUUUUUGACCCUGAUUGGAAUCCCUCAACUGACAUGCAGGCCAGGGAACGUGCUUGGCGCAUUGGUCAGAAACGGGAUGUUACUGUCUAUAGAUUGAUCACACGUGGAACUAUUGAAGAAAAGGUGUACCACCGGCAAAUUUACAAGCAUUUUCUUACUAAUAAGAUACUAAAAAACCCGCAGCAGAAAAGGUUCUUUAAAGCUCGAGAUAUGAAGGAUCUUUUUGCUUUGAAUGAUGAAGAGGAGACAGGGAUGACUGAAACAUCUAAUAUUUUCAGUCAGUUAUCUGAAGAUGUUAGUGUUGUUGGUUCAAAGAAAGAAAAGAAGGACAAGCAGAAAAGUUGUAGAGGUACUGCAUCACAUGCUUAUGAUGAUUCAGAUGAUGAAGAAAACAAAGCUGAGGUUCGACCUUCACGGAGGAAAGGAAAAGAAAUGGCUGAUAAUAGUGAUGGUGAAGUAGAUGAAGAAACAAAUAUUUUGAGGAGUCUUUUUGAUGCACAGGGUAUACAUAGUGCUGUCAACCAUGAUGCUAUUGUGAAUGCACAUGAUGAAGAGAAGAUAAGGCUUGAGGAGCAAGCUUCUCAAGUUGCACAAAGGGCAGCUGAAGCAUUACGUCAAUCACGACUGCUUCGUAGUCGUGAUAGUGUAUCGGUCCCAACAUGGACAGGGAAAUCGGGUACUGCUGGUGCACCAUCAUCUGUUCGCCAGAAAUUUGGAUCGACUGUGAACUCACAGCUAAUCAGAUCAUCUGAUGAAUCAUCUGGCAAUAAAAUAAGCAAUCUGAAUGGAUUAUCAGCUGGAGCUUCUGCCGGAAAGGCAUUAUCAUCUGCUGAACUACUAGCUAGAAUUAGAGGAAAUCAAGAGAGAGCUGUUGGUGCAGCACUUGAUCAACAGUUUGGAUUGGCAUCAAGUUCUGCUAACAGAGCAGUGUCUGAAAAUAAUGGAGUAUCUAAGCCAUCUAAAAAUUUAUCGAGUGUCCAGCCCGAAAUAUUGAUUCGUCAGAUCUGUACAUUUAUACAAGAAAGAGGUGGAACCACUGACUCGGCGACCAUUGUGGAACACUUUAAGGACAGAAUACCUUCAAAGGAUCUGCCCUUGUUUAAAAAUCUUUUGAAGGAGAUAGCCACAUUGGAGAAAGACUCUACCGGCAAACUAUGGGUUCUCAAGCCAGAGUACCGGUAAAAAUUGGUUAGCCCAAUUAUUUUGUGGUUGUUUUGACAUCACAGAUCUCACCAGAGGAUAGUCUUUUGUGGUGUUAGCAUCCUCCAUUUUUUGCAAGGAAAGCAUUCUUAGUGUACGGUUUGGUAAUGUUUUUUUUUCUAGCAGCUUUUCUCAUCCACUUAGUGUACAGUUUUAAGAAUUAUUUUUUCUCACUUACUGCAGGAAACUUGGAUGCGAUUUCAUUAAAGAAAUUGUCAGCCAUGAAAGUCGAAUAGAUAUAGGUUUUAACGUUGAACAUAAGGCUCCAAAAUCCAAUUUUUAAUUCCUUUCAUUUAGCUUA